GAUGGGUUUUAUGAUGCCGGUUGUUAUUUUAUGCUAAAGUUCAAAUUAUUUAGCAUUUAAUACGAAGAAAUUAAAACCAAACUUCCGGACGCAGUGGCGUAAAUAGAGGGGACGAUGGGAGCUGUUGUGGUAAAUGCCGUCAGUUCAAAGCUCGAGUUACCGGAAGUGUUUUAAAUCCCGUCAUGCAUCUCGGCACCUCAGCUGAAAUGCGGCGCUCUGAUUGGUUUAAUAACAUCCACUCGUGGGUUUAACGGAUUUCCUCAGGGUCUCAAGGUCACGCUACGUGCAACCAACACACAAAAGAUUCACGGCUUUUUGUGGCAUCCUCGGGCGCUACUAACUCUAGUUACGCCACUGUGCAAUUCGUUUCUAAUAAAUAUUAUUUCAAAGAAAAUUGAAACAGAAAAACUUUUUCUUCAAAAAACGAGAUGAUUUAUUGAGGGUGAGAUCUCGAGCGUCGAAACCUGUUUUAAAUAUGUGAAAUUUCGGAGUUUUAGUUCAACAGAACUUCCUUUGAUUUUCUUGUAUUUAAAGAACGGUAGGUUAGAACAAAAAUAAAAAAAAAAUGAUUUAAACGAAAAACUUUUCUUACUUUGAACACUUUUGACACAAUUUAUUUCAGGUGAAGACAAGAUACACGAAAUGAAAUUUUAAUGAUAAAAUCAGUACAAACAGAUAAAGAAAUAACGUAAUCCCCAAACCUUUGGAAAUUUGAAAGGAAUUAAAAUUGUGUUUGUAUAGGAUAAUAAUUCACCGUAUAGUAAUGUGGGUACCGAAAGAUGAAAAUUGUAUCCGAUAUGAAUGCGAAAAAAUUAAGAAUUACUCAUUUUACUCGACAGAUGACACAGCACGUGAAGAAUAUUUAAAAAUAUUAUACAAAAUAUGGAUCCUAUUAUCUUACACAUCCACCGCAAAAUUGUCAAAGGUUGCAAUGUUUACAGGUAAAUACCUGACAAAGCAUCCGUCGAUACCUGCUACCUUAACGAUGUUAUUAAAGGUCUCUCGAAACACAAAAGAGUUCUCUUACGCUUUGGAUAUUUUAUCGAAGCUUAUAAAUAAGAACAGUAUUAUAAAUGACAGCGAUCGUGAGAUUCUUUUUGUACAUUUCCGACAACCAGACAUUUUUAAAAACUUUUUGGCCAGCCUUCGCCUUUCGCAUAAACGUUACACAAUUGACAAAAAUGAUUUAAGACACGAACACAUGAGAAAGGUCAUGAAAAUUAUGGUCACCCUAUAUUUAAAAAAUCAUUUUGGUCAUUUUUGGACGCAUAUUUUCUACCAUUUCAUAUUAAGCAGUGGAUAUUUUUAAUAAGUAUUAAAUAUUAGCACAUGU